AUGCCUUACCUAGAACGACUGGACACUCACGCCAAGGCCGUUGCGACAUUUAAGAGAAAAAAUCAACAGGACUCCUUCAUUGCACUUCUCAAGGACGUCGCGUCCGUCGUCCGCGAGGCCUAUGCGAGCGGCACGCCCGACCUCGACGCGAUUGUGACGAUCAAACGGGUAUACAGCGACGGAGACCUCGCCAUCAUCCCGUCCUUUGCGCAUGCACCCGGCACGCCCCCCGUCGAGUAUUCUUACAGUCGGUAUGGUAAGAAGGCGAUAGGCUUCGGCCUCGAGGAGUUCGCGGACAGGUUUGAACAUAUGUUCGUAUUGUCGAGCGGUGAGCAUCCUCCGUUGGAACCAAAUAUCUGCCCUGCUCCUUUCAGGUUCAUCUAUUCAAAGCGCCCGUCAGAACCCCACUCCAGCCCCUUGGAUGAGCACUUACCCUCCUCACUCCAGCCUCAAUCCAGAUCAACCCACCUCCCUCGCUUCUGCGACGGCGUCACCGUCUCCGCCACAGACCCACCGCCCCUCGCGCGCACCAUCGAACAAGCGCGCUGCGAGAUCGACGCCGACAACGACAUUUCCUUACCCAUCGCCGCCGCGGUCUCAUCCGCGCUCGCCAUCGCGACGCAGGGCGGCUGGAAGCACUGCGAGCCCGUCCUCUCUAGCUACCUUAUCGACGGGGGCCACGAGGAGAAGACCACGCGCUAA